CCAGAAUAUGACGGAGCCGCGCAGGUGGGCGGUACUUGGCGGCUCGCAGCGGCCAAUCGGAGGCCUGGCUGUUCGGUGUCGAACACAGCUGAUCGAUGAGUCAGGGGGCGAGAGCAGCCGAAAAGGUCCCACUUGUUGCUGAGCAGGAGCGGCGACAGGAGCUUCAGCUGACGGAGGGACUGAGGGAAACAUAUCGAUCCAUCUUCGCUUCACGUCCUCCAUUCUGUCGGUAAACACAAGCAGGCGCUCCUCUGCAGGCUCCACGGCCGCUUCAGUGCUGACAUACCCCGCUGCUGCCUCAUCCGCGGCUCUCAGGUAGUCUGGUUUGAUGUCUGCAUCAGUCGUGAAUGCAUCGCUGUGUGGACGCGUCAGUCUGGUCUGUGGACUCCUCCUCCUGGCCUUUUCACCGCUCCUCACAGCAGGCCGACUGAGUAACUGCAGUCACCCUCUGGUGCCGGAACAUGGAGGUUUCCGAUGUGACCCGUCACCGUGUCGAGGUUUCCCCCAUAAGAGCGCCAUCCACGUCUUCUGUGAGCCGGGAUAUCACCUCAGCAGCAACCUCCGUGUCUCCCGGUGCCGCCACGGGAAGUGGCAGCCUCCGAUACCUGCCUGCAUCCCCAUCAGAGAUGGUCCAAACAUGAACUCUGACGACAGAGUGAACGACUCGAUGCCCAGCAUGGCCACAACAGCGGUGGGCGUGUCCAUCUUCCUGCUCACCACCACUGCCUGCCUGGUCAUCAAGUCCCGCCUCUACCCCUGUCGAUCACGCAGCAGCCGUCGCUCUUCAGACCAGCUGGACCUGAUGGUGGACGGACUUCCUGUCUCCCUGCCCUCCUACGAGGAGGCGGUGUACGGCAGCUGGGGGCAGCGCCUGCCCACCUGCUCGGCGCCGGGGCCCACCCAGCUCCUAUUGGCUCAGGAGGCUCCCGGCAGUAACCCGGUGUCUCUCAACAACCAACCGGACAGCAGUCGCCGCCCCCUCCUGUCCAGUCCCGACAACCCCCCGCCCCCUUACGACGAGGUCCAGUCAUCACACCCCAGAGACAGGGCGAGUGACGCGGACAAGGACACUUGACUGACGGACUGCGGCGUUCAUAUGGGACUACAGGAAGGGGUUCGAUUGACAGCUGCAGUGUUUACUCUGCAGAUGAUGAAACGAAAACACAGACUGACAGCAGACUUCUGCACUUUUCCUGGUUGGCCGCAGCUCACCAGCAUCAGGACAUUCAGUCCAAUCACGCGCUAGUUUGGACGAAGCCGAUGAGCUCUGAUUGGCCAGAUGUUAGAUCACAAAGACCUGACUGAAGAGGAUAUUUCUACAUGAAACGUUGAUUGUAAAGUGCAUUGUAUGAAUGUAAGUGACAGAGAAGGGAGUUUACGUGCAGUCUGGUGAAAACCUUUAUAAUCUGAAUGCCUUUUUGUUAGUGAUAAAUAUAUAUUUCAAUGUUUAAACAAUACGAUAUAUUAAGUUACAAAAUAAAAAUCAUCACACAAGCUAGAAUAAUGAGGUUUUCACAGGACAGCGGUCGUAUAAAAGUGUGUGUGUGUGUGUGCGCGUUUUCAGUGUUGCGUUUUCAGUGUUGCUCUGGAGACGUCGUCCAUCCUUUCCCGUCAGUGACGGGGCAGAUCGCGCGGUUGCAGAAACCCUGUGUGUUUCCAAGGCAACAAACUCUAUUCCACUUCUGUCUGAUUCUACCUUUUGUGCAGCGUUUCUUUCGGCGGUGUUGAUUUGAAGCCAGCGUGGUGCGCAGCAGUGGUGGAAAAAGUAUUCAGAUUUUCACAGCAAUGCAUGAUAUUCCAUAAGAUCAUCAUGUGUUUGUAGCGUCGCUGUCCUGUGAGAACCACGUAUCUCUAAAAAGUUUUAAAACUUGUCAUGGUGUCAGAAAAACAGCCCUGUUUUCAGCUUUGUGACGAUGCAUUUUCCAGCUGAUCCAAGAGGCUUUUGAAAGACUUUAUUUAGUUUAAGAAGUAGGAGAACUUUCUCAACACGUAAAGGAACACUUCAUCCUUCAGUUUAUCACAAACAUUCAACAUCAACACAUCUGGAGAUACAUGGUUUUCACUGGACAGGGGGAUGAAAACGGUCAUCUGAAAAGUAACUAAAGCUGUCAGACAAAUGUAGUGGAGUAAAAUCUACAAUAUUUACCUCUGAGAUGUAGUGGAAGAGCAUAAAGCUGCAAUAAAUUCUGCAAGUAAAGUACAAGUACCUCAAAUUGGUUACAUUCCACCACUGGUGCGCAGUAACUCUGGUAACGACAAACAGCAUGUUGUGAUGUAGAUUUUGUGUGCAGCGGAUUAUAUUUAGAGACCUGAAAAUGCUCAGAAACCACACGGUGUUUCAGAGGGUUUCUCCAGUGUACAUUCAGUGGUAAAUGACACGAAACAAUAAUAAUAUUUUGAUGAAUUUGAAUGCACAGUGAAAAGAAUCUGAAAUAAUGUGUACAUUUAUUUGCCCUGGUGGCAUCGGUGCAGACACACAGAGGUGCUUUUAAACGUUUUCAUUCCACAACCUGCAAAAAAAAAAAUAAAAUAAAAUAAAACCUACACAUGUUGGACCAAAAAAACAUGAACUAAUCAAACCGUGUCCUCCCUUCAGCUGGCCGGUUCCCUCUCUUUAUGCCUUCACAGACCUUGAAUGUAAUUUAUGUUUCAUUUUGUGGCAGCAAAUCUUGACCAUUAAUAUGGAAUUGUAAUAUUUACAGGAAGAUUAUUUGUAUUAUUGCACAAGAUUAUAUGAUAAAUAAAUGUUGAGGUGUUUGACAUAA